AUGCCGCAGUCCAUCAAAAGCUCGGACCGGUCCCGCAUCGGCGGCGGCUCGUCGGUCGACGACGACGACGUCCACACGCUGCCGCCCGACGAGCACACGAGGCUGCUACCGAACCGCGUCGACUCGAGCCGCGGCAUGCUCACGCCCGACGACCCCGCCGUGACGCCCUACAACCUCUGGAGCAUCCGCCUGCUGCGCUGGGUCACCGUCGUCGUGACGCUCGCCACCUUUUUCUGGUGGGUGCUCGUGCUCGUCUCCACGUUUGCGACACUGCCCGGCUUCCACGUCCGCGGUGGCGGCUUCUACGCCUAUGGCUUCACCAGCCUGGCCCUCGCCAACAUGCUCUUUACGCUUCUCUUCUUUGAGAUUCCGUCGCGACCGGUCAGGAUACUAUCUCUCGUCAUGGCGUUUGUGCUCAUGGUCGACAUGAUUAUCCUGCUGGCCGUGCAAAAGACGCGGUAUGAAGAGGGCUGGGUCGGCGUCGUCAGCGUCUCCUGGGCGCUGCUGCUGAGUCUCUGGACCAUCCUAGUCGACCGCACCGUGAAAUGGGGCAAGGCCGAGGAAGAGGAGCGGCUGACGGGCCGCGCCGAGACGCGCCGCACACUCAGUGAAUGGCUCGCGGUGCUCCUGUCCAGCGUCGGCUACACCGCCAUGGUCGUUGCCUCCGUGCUGAUGGCGCUCACCAUUGUUCUUCGCGCACUCGACGCCAAGUUUGCGCCGCCCGGCAAGCUGUACUGGGUCGACAGCGGCAAGUACCGUAUCCACGUGUACUGCCAGGGCAACGUGACGGCGUUUGACGGCUCUCCGCACACGACGGUGCUCUUCGAGGGCGGCGAGCGGCCCGUCGAAGACGGCCUGUGGCAGUUUGCCAACGAGGCUCUCGACAGUGGCUCCAUCGGCCGGUACUGCUUCGCGGAUCGUCCCGGCAUCGCGUGGUCCGACACAGCACCGUCCCCCCUGUCCGCGAGCUUCGCCGUCGACGCGCUGAGUGAGGCCCUCGCGGCGGCCGGUGAGCGCGGUCCGUGGGUGCUAGCGAGCGCGGGCAUCGGCUCGCUCUACUCGCGCGUCUUCUCCGCGCGCCACGGCCGCGACGUGCGCGGCAUCCUGCUCAUCGACCCCCUCCACGAAGACCUGCUCGGCCGACUGGCCUCACCGAGCCGCGGCUUCCUGCUAUGGCUGCGCGGCAUAGUCUCGCCGCUGGGCCUGGACCAGCUUCCCGGCGCCUUGUUCCGCGGCCGGACGAGCCAGGACCGCGUCUACGGGCGGUCGGUGCAGCAGACGAGCAAGAACAUCUUUGCGCGCCUGCAGGAGAGCUUGGUGCUAGACUCGUUUACGCGCCGCGACGUCGGCAGCAGCCGUCAAAUCCAGGACCGCAGCGUCCAGCUGGCCGUCGUCAGCUCGGGCAAGCACAUCAAGGAGGACCACGCGUGGGAGGCCAAGCAGCGCGACCUGACGAAGCUGACGGACGAGCUGCUCCAAUGGGACAUUGUGGACGAGGCACCGUCGCACGUAUGGCAGUCGACAGCUGGGCGUGACAGAUUGGAGAAGCGGCUGAGGCAGCUUUUGAAGAAUAAGGCGUAA